AUGUGCCCCCCUAGCCCAGAGCCUUAUCAGCAGGGCUGUGAGCUGGGCGUGGGGAGCGUGGUUAGAAAUCCGCAUGGCAAGGAGCACUAUACUCUCUUGCAUUGCAUUGGGUCUGGAUGCUACGGAGCAGUUUUUGUAGCCAUCGAUAACACACGAAGCUGUUUCUAUGCUUUGAAGCAGAUACGUUUUCAGAGGUUUACCAAUCCACUGUCAGAAUUGUCUGGAGGCAAGGAAGCUGCUCCCUGCCAAAGAGAGAUGCAUGCAAGUACCAACACAGAGGUCUGCGCUCUGCGACACCUCAAUACAAGACCUCACUCCAGCAUACCAAUGUUCCAUCACGCAUUUAAUGUUGAUGAAAGCCUCUACAUCGUCAUGGAAUUUAGCUCUGGAUCGCCGCUAACAGAUGUCCUUACGCGGUAUCGCUCUCUCAAUAGCGGCGCAUUCCCGGCUAUACCAUACUACUAUUUGAAACUUCUUGUGAGGAGAUUGCUACGGGCUAUCCAUCAUUGCCAUCAAAGCGGAGUCGCUCAUCUGGAUAUAAAACCGGACAAUAUCCACAUAGAGAGCCCCACGCGUUUGACACUGGUAGAUUACGGGCAGUCAUAUACUAUCCACGAGGGCGUAUCAGACGACCCUUGGCUGGAUUCACGCAUUGGAGCCAUGGCGUUCCUUCCCCCAGAAGUCCUAACAUCGUCUACACUUUACACAACUAGUUAUUUGAACCUAAAGAAUCUAGUAUCAUCGUUUUCCUUAGACCCAUCUCUUACUCCCAAUUGUCAAUCUGCUCAAUCACAGCAAGCCUUGAGAACUCCCCGCAGAACGCCAACACUAACCGAUGUAAAAGAGCAAAAUCUGCCACAGCACAAGUCACCCCACGUUAAGAGCAAAGGCAGUAAACAAGUAAGCCAGUCAAGGGACUCAUCGUCAUCAGACAGCAAGAAAUCUACGUCUGCACCUACCAGAUCUGCGUCAGUAUCGGUUUCAUAUACCCCAAUGCAUCACAUCAGUACUCUAUUUCUGAAGGACUGCACCCUUUAUCAUGACAAAGGCCGCGUUCAAGCUACGGGAGCUCGCUUUCGCCUGUGGAUGGAUGCGAUUCUUAGAAUGCGGAUGUUCACAAAGUUUGACCGGCCACAAACGCCGCCUUUUUGUGUUUCCUUUGAAAAUGGAUCUGUGAAGCUCAACGCAAUUGAUAUCCGAGACAUCAUUGAGAUAUCUGAAGCGUUGAAUGACAGCGUAGCUAAGUACAACAUUGUUGAUCCGAAGGCUGCCGUCACAGACUCUUCGGCUAACACUUUUCCGUUGGCGAGUGACUUACUGGAGAUAGGAAUAAAGUUAGGCAUUCCAGAUCUUAAAGGAACGACAUUGCAUGUUUUCAAUUCAAAAUUAGCCAUUGAUAGUUGGGCCGCCGGCCUAGUUCUUCUUAUCUGUAUAAUUGGUGAUUAUCCUUUUCGAGAUGUGAGCACCUUUGAGAUUGUCCCAUCUGUGCAACUAAUGGCAGAGGCUAUCAGACAACAGCUGGACAGUACACUAGAGGUGAUCUCGCAGGGGAACUUUGAGAAGUACAGGCUAUACUUGAGGACCUUAAACGAUAAGGCUAGCUGUGAUCUGUGCGGAAAGUGUGCAUUGUGCCUCAUGGAGAAGAGCUUCUGCAAUCAGCAGCUGCGAAGGAACAUAACUAAAUUUUGCCGUAAGCCAGUACCGCUGCCAGACUCCUUCACUGUAUCCCCUAAUGGACCCCUCUCAUCAGACCUUCACCUGGAUCUCUUCCUGCUUAUCGCUGGACUUCUGCACCCAAAUCCGAAGGCACGAAUGUCUAUUUCCGAGGCUAUGGAGUGCCCGUGGCUGGCAAACAUUAAUGAGUUCACCCUACAGCAACAUGAGUACUAUAGUAAUGCAACCAAUACAGCAAUCUUCUCUUCUAAUAUCCGUUUCCAGGAACUAGCAAUCAAGAGUAACAACCAGAUGGACCAACUCGGCUCUAUGGUGGACAAAUUUGUCAAGAGUGUCAAGGAAUUCCAUAAAAGCAGUACCUCUGCCACAGACCCAGAGUAUUCGAGGCCCCCGGCUGUGCUCUGCACAAACUCUCUUAGUAGCAGCUCCCGGCGGGACAGUCUGAGCAAGGCUAAAAACGUUCGUGACGGUCUUCGUUCUGGGGCAAUUUCUAGGAAGCACAGCGUAGCUUCUGGGAUACCAGAGGUCAAUAUCAGGACGGCUGGGGCAAGCAUCUCUGCAGGUUCUGUCAUGUCUUCCAUAGUUAUAGAUGACGCUGAUGCGACAGAGAAGCCUUUCGACUUCGAAGCCUAUCAGCAAGGACGGUUAAACUUUGAUGUUGAUGCUCACAAAAUGAUAUUUGAUGAGCCGUGUGGGACAAGUAGCACCGAUAGUAGCUCACUUUGA